CCAGGGCCCGCGCGGCCUCUUCUCUCCAGGCGUCCCGAGCUGCCCUCGCUCCAGGCCCCGCCAUCUCAUUUGCCGCCUUCCGACGCGUGACCCCAGCGCGCUCGCGUCCCGGGCCGGUGACAGGCGCGGGGUGCGCCAAGCGGCUCCAUGUGCCCCCUCCCUCUCGCGGCCGCCGCAGUCGCCGGGCCCCGAACCCAGCUCCGGCUCCUCGGCAGAGGGCUCGCCGCCGCCAUGUCUACCGCCAGGCCCCUCAAAUCCGUGGACUACGAGGUGUUCGGGAGAGUGCAAGGUGUCUGCUUCAGAAUGUACACGGAAGAUGAAGCUAGAAAAAUAGGAGUGGUUGGCUGGGUGAAGAAUACCAGCAAAGGCACUGUGACAGGCCAAGUGCAAGGCCCCGAAGAGAAAGUCAAUUCCAUGAAGUCCUGGCUGAGCAAGGUUGGAAGUCCUAGUUCUCGCAUUGACCGCACGAACUUUUCUAAUGAAAAAACCAUCUCUAAACUUGAAUACUCUAAUUUUAGUGUUCGAUACUAAUAGAAGAGAAAUAAAAACCGUAAUGCUUAUAUUGCACAAUAGACACUAUAUAUUCUUAAGUCUAUUUAGUAGAAUAAUAGUAGCAGAGUAAGGUAAAAAAAGAACUGUCUGUUCUGAAAGUUAAAUUAUAUAUGUUAUUAAAAAUGUCUGACACUGAAAUAGUUUUAUUCAACUAUGUUUUUAACAAGCAAAAACUUAGUAUUCUAAAGAAAAAAUGUCAUUACAAAAUAUUUAAUAUGAAUAUUUAAACUUGUCUCAUAGAAUCUUUAAUUCUAAUGAAUAUUAUAGCAUGCAUGUUAUUUGGCUAGACAUAAAAUAAUAAAGUUAACCAUUUAA